GUAGCCGCUGUAGCCAUGACCCGCAUCAUUGACCUGGUGCCCUGGGACGACUGCUCCACGCACGCAUUCGCGUCCCCCGCCAUCCUGCUGCCGCUGGAGCCGCCACGCAACCAGCUGGCGGGCAUGAAGCAGCAGCUCUACCACCCGGCCCUGCCCAGCCUGCGCCGCAUGGACAUGGACUCGGUCAGGGCCUGCCUUUCCGACGAGCACUGCCGGUCCACCACCUACUGCCGCAGAGAUGACUUUGACAACGCCCGCUUCACACUUUUGGGUGUCCCCAACAAACCCCUGCAGUGCUUGGACGUCACGGCGACGGGCCAGAGACUCCGCAACAGGUGCCGCGAGGGAAAGCUGGUACCCAUCGUGCCGGGCAUCAACCGGGUCGACUGCCCCUGCUUCACACGCGCCAUUGAGGACUGGUCCCGCUUCGUGUCUUCCGCCGGCGAGUUCAAGCUGCCCUGCCCCAGCAAGAGGGUCGAGAGUUUCAGUGGCUACGCGGUGCGGUACUUGAAGCCGGAGGUGACCCAGAAUUGGCGGGUAAGGAGGCGCUGUAGCGGGCCAGGGGGGGGGGGGGGGGGUGGUCAGUGUCCCCCCCUCGGCUCACGGAUCCCCCAUUCCUCUGGCCCGCGCCAGUACUGUCUCAACCAUAAUCCCAGCCUGGACCGCUAUGGACAGAAGCCCCUGCCUUUCGACUCCUUGAACGCCUUCCGACACUUCGGCUCAAUCUACAGUCGUGUCAGCUAUCUGACCCCCUGGCAUUAA